AUGGUUGACGACAAGAAGCUGAAGUCCAGGAAGCUGAAAAGGGCGAAUAUCAUUGCCGGAAUCAACCGUAUGGAACAGUUCCUGCAUCAAUACGUCGAGGACCAACACCAAGGGGAAGUGCGAUACCGCUUGGAGCGUCUCGAAAAACUGUGGGAAUCGUUCGACGAAGUGCAGACGGACUGCGAGGAGCUUGACGAGGAGGAGGAUGCGGAAACUAAAAACCUAGAGAUUCGAAGCAAAACCGAAUCUAUUUAUUUCCGGGUCAAAGCUGGUCUAGCGUCCAAGAUCCCGGAAUCGUUUGGGCCCACUGCAUCGACAUCCUAUGCUGCAAAUGAAACAUCCGCCCCCGCCCAUCUUGCGAACAUUAAACUCCCGACGAUCACGCUACCCGAAUUUGAUGGCGAUUUCAAUCCAUGGCUGACGUUUCACGACACGUUCGUGUCGAUGAUACAUUCGUCGACGGAAAUUUCAUGCGUCCAGAAAUUUCACUACCUUCGCGCUGCCCUCAAGGGUGAGGCAGCUAAUUUAAUCCAGUCGAUUACCAUCACCGCCAACAACUACUCUGUUGCGUGGGAGGCAUUGGUAACCCGUUACUCGAACACGACUUUUCUGCGAAAAAAGCACAUCCGAGCCCUGCUCAAGUAUCCCAAAAUCCCGAACAACUCGGUGGAUGCGCUUCAUCGAAUCGUCGACGAAUUCCAGAGGCACACGAAGAUUCUGGAGCAACUCGGAGAACCCGUGAUCUAUUUUAGCUCGAUCCUUAUGGAGCUUUUGGAGGAUAAGCUGGAUGACGCAUCGCUCACCGCCUGGGAGGAAUCCAUUGCCGGUGAUCCCCAUCCAACCUACAACAACAUGAUCGAAUUUUUGCAGAAGAGAACCCGAAUCAUGGAGACGAUCAUGAUCAAUCGGCCAACGUCUAGCCAAACGAAACCCGUCGCUCAAAAUUUUCCUCAGCGCGAACCAGGAUCGCGCUUGAGUUCGAAUGCCGUUUCCGAAAGUUACCCGAAAAGCUACCCGAUGUGCCCAGCUUGUGAGAAAGAAAGGCACAGCAUUUACAACUGCCCGGUUUUCAACAGCUUGGACCCGAAAGGCCGGACUAAAAUAGUGACCGAAAAGAAACUGUGUGCCAACUGCUUCCGAAGUUCUCAACCGAACGUCAUCAGCGAGAGACUGUGUCAGCAACUGCGUUUGUCCCGUAAGGUGGUUAACAUCGACGUGCGAGGUGUAGAUGGUACCUCAACAAGUGCAAAAUUUGAAAUUCAAGCCGAAAUAAGAUCUCGGGUGAGCGAUUUCUCCGAGAUGUUAGAUUUUCUCGUCUUCCGGAAAGUAACCAGUGACGCCCCCGCAAUUCCCUUCUCGGUUGCCCAAUGGAAAAUCCCCAAAAAUCUCGCUCUCGCCGAUCCAGAUUUUGGCACACCGCGCAAAAUAGACAUGAUUAUCGGUGCUGCUAAUUUCUAUGCCUAUCUGAAGCCAGGUCGCUUCCAGCUUGUAGCAGAUGGCCCAUUGCUGGCCGAAACAGUGUUCGUUGUUCCCGUAGAAGAACUACUUUCCCGGUUUUGGAAGAUAGAGGAUGUUGGUGGAUCCGACUAUUCUAUCGAUGAGCAGAACUGCGAGAACUACUACCGAUAUACAACCGAUCGUGACUCUUCUGGGCGCUACAUUGUGCGCGUCCCGAAACACCCCGAAUUCGAGCAGAUGGUGGGAGAAUCGAAAGGUGCUGCUCUCCGUCGGUUUACCUGGCUCGAGCGACGGCUGGAGAAGGACGCCGAUCUCAAGAGUCAGUAUCACGACUUCAUGAGAGAAUACAUCGAUCUUGGCCAUAUGGAUCUGGUUCCCCUCGAAUCGGAAAAUGUAAAAUCCUGCUAUCUCCCUCACCACCCCGUCGUGAAGGAGUCCAGUUCGACGACAAAAGUUCGAGUCGUGUUCGACGGCUUAGCCAAAACCAGCACCGGCCACUCGCUGAACGACUCUCUUCUUGUUGGCCCAGUCGUGCAAGACGAGCUGCUGACGAUCAUCAUCCGAUUCCGAAAAUACCCGAUAGCGUUGGUGGCGGACAUAGCCAAAAUGUAUCGCCAAAUUGUGGUGCACCCAUCGGACCGAUGCUUUCAGCGCAUUCUGUGGCGCUUCAAUCCCGACGAACCCGUCCGAUCGUACAAGUUCCGCACCGUCACCUACGGUCUCGACCCAUCUUCGUUUUUGGCAACAAGAACUUUGUUGCAGUUGGUGGAAGAUGAAGGCCGUCACUUCCCGAACGCCUCCGCUGCUGUGCGAAAAAGUGUGUAUGUGGAUGAUUUGAUUGCGGGCGCCAGCAGCGUCGAGGCCGCCGUCGCUCUCCGCACUGAGCUCGAUCAAUUGAUGCUUCGUGGUGGAUUUUGUUUCCGUAAGUGGUGUUCAAACUCUCUGAAAGUUCUCGCCGAUGUUCCAUCAGAGCUACUGGGCACACAAUCAUCGCUGAAGCUCGAUCCUGAAGACACGAUCAAAACUCUCGGCAUAUGCUGGGAGCCCGAAGCCGAUAUUUUCCGACUCGACGUCAACGUUUCCCCGAGUGAUCAACCCCCGACAAAGAGAAACAUUGGUAGCGGACAACAAACUAUUCGUUCCCACUUGGCGUUUCGAUCCCGUAUCAACUUGGCGAAAACAGUCCCUACCCGUUGUGCUUCCCCCGAAGAAAUCGAACAAAAAACGACGACCAUUCUGAGUGCUGUGGUUGCGCCGCACAACAUGUUCGAUAAGUUUUCGUCGUAUCAAGAGCUGCUGCGCAAGGUUGCCUACUGUUUGCGCUGUUUCAACAAUGCCCAUCCCCGAAAGCAGCCCGUUCCCGAUUCAGUCCCCGCCGUGUGUGAGCUCCAACGAGCAAAGCUUUCUCCAACAAAGCUCGUUCAAGCUGCCGCUUUUCCCGAAGAACUUCAAGCAUUGAGAAAGGGGCAGCCAGUCCAAGCAAAAUCUCAACUUCGUUUGCUUUCACCCUUUCUCGAUUCCGAAGGCCUGAUUCGCGUUGGUGGCCGGCUGAGGCUUUCCGAUGCACCGUACGAUGUCAAGCAGUCAAUGAUCUGCAACCGCUUCGCCCGCGCACUUUUUGGUGCGUAA